AUGGCGAAAAGAGAGUCAGAAGAUCGCGAUGGUUUGAUGCGGUUGGUGAUCCCUGAGACGUUGCAGCAGGAUUUUUUGCAUCACUAUCACACGAGUCUGGAAGGAGGCCAUCAGGGUAUUGGCCGAACCUAUGAGAGGAUCAGAUCGCGAUUUCAUUGGAGAGGACUGUAUCGGAGCGUUCAACGAUAUGUGGGCGAAUGUACCGACUGUGAGUCCGGGAAAGGAAACCCGAUGAUUCAUGGGAAAUCCCCGGGCAAUCUACACGCAACCCAUCCAUUCCAGAUCAUCGCCAUGGAUCAUAUACCGUCGUUGCCCAAGUCCAUCAAGGGGAACACCGAACUGCUCAGUUGGGUCGACCUUUUCUCGGGAUAUGUGAUUGCAAAGGCUAGCUCCUCUCGGACGGCACAAACAAUAGCGGAGAAUUACGAAGAAUGUGUGUUUCGACGCUUCGGAGCUAGCGAGGCUAUCAGGCACGAUCGAGAACCGGGAUUUAUGUCCGACUUCUUUCGAGCCUUCAGUCGGAUCGUAGGACAAAAACAGCGUGCUACUAUGGCUUACAGGCCACAAGCAAAUGGAACAGCCGAACGAAUGGUGCAAACCCUGACACAUUCGCUCAAGAUGUACGUGGCUGAAGUUGACCAGCGAGACUGGGAUGAGUAUGCUGAGCGGCUCACAUUUGUCAUUAACACUGCACAAGAUCGGAUCCGGGGGAUACCCCGUUUUAUCUGA